AUGGUUUACCUAUUUGAUGUACCAGCAUAUUUUAUUCUCUUAAGAGAAACACUCGAAGUUACCAUUAUUUUAGCAGUAUUGCUUGGAUUUAUUGAUAAAUUAGUUCCAGAAAAUCAAGAAUUAAGAAAACAUUUAAAAAAACAAAUUUGGAUUGGUACAGGAGCAGGAUUCCUUAUUUCUCUUAUCAUCGCCGUUGCAUUUAUUGCUGUUUUUUAUACUGUCGCAAGAAAUUUAUGGGAAGAAAAUGAAGGCGCUUGGGAGGGAUCUUUUGCUCUCAUCGCCUCUAUCGUGAUCACUAUAAUGGCAUUAAGUAUGGUGAGAGUUCAACAAUGGAAAGCUAAAUGGGAAGGAAAACUUGCCAGUGCAGCAGAAGUAUAUCUAAAUAAACAUAAAAACGGUAACAAAUGGGCAUUGAUCUUGUUACCUUUUACCGCUGUAUGUCGAGAAUCUUUAGAAACCCUCGUGUUCAUCGCAGGUGUUGGAUUUGAUAAACCCGCGUCUGGUCUUCCAAUUCCCGUAAUUCUCGGAAUGGCGACAGGAUUCUUUAUAGGAUAUAUUAUUUACAAAGGAUCUCAUAAGAUGUCAUUAAAUGCCUUUUUUAUUUUUUCAACGGUCUUAUUAUUAUUCAUUGCAGCAGGAAUGUUUUCUACCUCAGUACAUGAAUUACAAGAAGCAACUGGUACAGAAGAAAAAGUAGUGUGGCAUUUAAAAUGUUGUAAUCCAAGCACCAAUGAAUUUUGGGCUAUAAUGAAGGUAGUAUUUGGAUGGCGUAAUAAGGCUACUCAAGGAACUACUGCUGCUUAUUUUGUUUAUUGGACUGUAGUUUUGGGUGCUAUUGGUUAUCUUUGGUACCGUGGUAGAAAAGAAUCUAAAGCAGAAGAAUUCUCUUCAAGGGAUGUAAAUGAUAAUACUGAUCAGAAAACUGAUGUUUAA